UUUUUUUUUUUUUUUUUUAUCUUGGCUCUGUUUGAGGUGCAAAUUUUAAAGCUUGUUAAAGAAGCUCCAUCGCCAUGCGUCAUCUAUACAAAUUUCCACAUUGGGAUUGGUUAGGCCUGGGUUGCGGGGAUGUCAGGCAGAUCGCGGGGUUCCCCGGGCCCGCAUUAGACAACUAUGGAACACAGUUAGGACAAGUCGGUUGUGGAACUCCGUUUCCAAGCAUAGUUCAGAGGGCACUACGAAGGGCUCUUGUACCCUAGAGCAUACACGUCACGCACCGCAAGGAUCUCGCUGACCAGCUUCGAAUAUCAAGUGCUUUCUCCUCAUUUGAAGGCGAUUGAGUGUCUCUCGUUGCUAUCCUACAAUGACAGAAUCCGCCUUUAGCUUUCUCCCCCAGGGAGCAAUAAUACAGGAAUUUCGAGUUGCUGGACAUAAUAUUGUCCUGGGGUUCCCCUCAGCUGAGACGUACAAGACAAAUAAUACACCAUACUUUGGAGAAACUAUUGGAAGAAUAGCCAAUCGAGUGUCCGGCGCGAAGCUCAAAAACCUGAAUAACACAGAAUACACCCUCCGUGCAAACAACGGGGCAAAUAGCUUGCAUGGUGGGGAAGAAGGCUGGGGCAAAAAGAUCUUCGAUGGCCCAACGCCCUUCCUGAAAGAUGGAAAGGAGAGCGUGCGAUUUAAAUAUACCAGUAAGGAUGGGGAAGAAGGUUACCCUGGCACGGUCGACUUUUCUGUCUCGUACACUGGAAGCAUAGAAAAGCACGGAGACAUUGAAAAGACAGUAUUGGAAAUUGAAUAUGAGGCCCGACUAUCCGACUCUGAAGAGCCAAUUGAAGAGACUGCUAUUAAUGUGACAAAUCACAGCUAUUUUACACUUUCGGGCGCGGCUACUAUCGAUGGUACUGAAGCGGCCUUGGGCACAAAUCUACAUUUACCAUUCAAUUCCGAAGGGAUUCCAACUGGAUCUAUCGAACCACAUGCCCACGUCGAGGCUGGUAGACGGUUCGUUCUAGGGUCUACUAAACCGGUCUUUGAUAACUGUUUUGUUCUGGAUCGAUCACCAUCCACGUCUCCAAUUGAUUCUCGAUCUCGAACGCUUCAGACUGCCGCUACAUUCUAUCACCCUUCAACCCAACUGCAUCUUGAAAUCCUGACGACGGAACCCGCCUUCCAAUUCUACACGGGAGACUUUAUCGACGUUCCAGCCGUUGGUGGCGCGCCAGCAAGAGGCCCUCGCUCGGGCUUUGCCAUUGAGCCGGGGCGAUUCGUCAACGCUAUCAACUCGGGAGAUUGGAGAAACUCUGUGAUUCUCAAACGGGGACAAGUCUAUGGAAGUCGCAUUGUAUACCAAAGUUGGAAAGGAUAGACUGUACCGCACCGGGUACUCCCCCUUCCCCUUUUCCUGCUCUCUUCUGGUCUCGAGGCAUCAUAGAGCACAAUAGAUAUGUCACGUCUCAAUAUAUAUUACAUCAUACAG